CAAAAAAAAAAAAAGAAUUCUUCACCUGCAUCCCACCCAGAGCCAGUGGUCAGGACUGCUCUUCACGUGGGACUGCAUUUCUAAAGCGUUGCCAGAACCCUCCACCAGAGCCCAGUGAAUAGAUGACCCAGAAAAGGCACGUCCUGGUUUUUUUUUUUCCCCCCUCUUGGAUACUCUGAGACACUCUGAGCUGCUGAGAAGUCUGCACACCAAGGGACCUAUUACAAAGGAGACAUGAUAUUGUUCUGGAGAGAUGGCGUUUGCAAUGUUGGCAUGGUUACCAUCUUGAGCUGGAGUAGCCGCCUGUCCACAAAUUAUUAAUGUCACCCAGAUAGGAUUUUAACUUUUUCUCCCACUGUAGGCCACCUGCAGUCAAGGUGACCUUACCGACCCAGUCAAUGAUAAUAAAACCACCAGCAAUAACACAGACAGACAGCAGCUCUUGUUUUUUAAUCACUUACCCUCUGCCUGAUUUGAGGAUGAACACUUUACUCUCAUAUUAUCUCCCCACAUCCUCACUUGGAAGGAGGCUGUUAGCCCCACUAUAUGGAUGAGGAAACUGAGGCCUAGAAGAGUCGGAUUCUUGCAGUCAUCUGAAGCCUUCCCCACUCAACUCCAUUUUGCACUAUCUACUUUGACCCCAAUAUCCUUUUGCUGACACCAAAUCUCACCCCUUGCUUAACUAGGAGCAUCCUGAGCGCAGAGAUUUCAGGAUCAUCUAGAACCUUCCAACCCUCUUUCAAAGCCCGCCUUGGAAGCAAACCAGCACCCAAGGCAGCUUUUGGCAUUAAGAAGUGCGAAAAUGUCCUGUUAGCUGCAAUCUGUGAGCUGGUUCUAUGAGCUGGUGGAGCUCAGAGCCCCAGUCCCAGCGCCCGCCCCCCACCAGCUUGUUCAGAGGAGCUCAGCUCUGGGGGAGAAGGCAAAGCCAACACCUAUUGAGUUGCAGUUAAAAUGAGGGCGAAAGAGGCUUUUGUUUCAGUUCUGCAGAUGGUCUGGGAGCUUGUGUUUCUUAGCAAGAAUUUUCUAGAUCUUUUGGCUUGAACCAUCUGAAUAACUGCCUCAAGCUUUCACAUGGUUCCCACUGGGUGGGCUGGGGUGGGAGGGGCUGUUGUGCAUAGUCCGGGAAAGCUGGAGAAGGCUGUUCCUUCGCCCCGAGCCUUGGAUUUCUUAUCUGUGAAAUGAGAGGCUGCAAUGAUGAAUGGCAAAGUACCUUUUUUUUUUUUCAGCUCUGAGUGUCUAGGAUAUUUCACCAUUGGAAGACCAGCAGACAAUGUCUGACAAAUGACAACUCAAGAGGAUACAACAGGGUUGCUUCAAAAGACAAGUGUUUGGACCAUGUCAAGACCUGGAGUGAAGAAGGUAAUGAACUCCUACUUCAUACAAGCAGGCCAUGGGCCAGCAGUUUGCUACUGUGCUGUCUCUUGGUUAAGGCAAGGUUUCAGUAUCACCCUGACUUCUUUUGGAAGGAUCCCUUGGCCUCAGGCUGGAGUGGGAACCUGCCCUAGCCCACAGAGCUGGGUUUCUCCCUUUCUUCAACCACAUAGGGAGCACCACUAUGCAAAGACCUCAUCACAUUCACAGCCGUCUCCCCAGAGCCUCGCACUGUGCUUGGCAUACAGCAGGUGCCCAGUAAAUACCUGCCAAAUGACUGAAUGCAUCUCGCCAGCCUCAGGAUGCCACCAGGCCCUGAGGGAGACAGGAAGAUCAGAGGAAAGCUUUUGGAUUCCUGCCACGCCUCACAUUAGCAGCAUCUUCUCCGAGUCCUGACAGCCAGCCUCCUGGGACACCAUUUGAGCCAGCUGAAUUCCGGUCACCGCUUCACCUUGGAAAGGCAUCCGCAGCCCUCACCAAGCAGCCCCGUAAUUGACGUCACAGCGGGGCCAGGAGCUGCCCUGUUAAUAUUUUAUGUGGCCUUCACUGCGGCAAAAUGCAGCCUCCAAGAGCUGGAGGGGCCGUGCAGAGUCUCCGUGGGGUUGUGAGGAGGGCACAAAUGGGAAAGGGCUUCAUAAAUCAUAAAGCUCCCAACAGAUGAGCAUCAUUGACCCAUUUCAGUCCCUGGCUUAACUCAGAAAGAGCCGGGGCUGCACAUGCCUGCAGUGGAACAAGAAGACUGCUGACCGAGCCCGAGCACUAAAUCAAUGGGGGAUUAGGGGCUCCUGGGUACAUUUCAUGGAGACAGGGGGAGGGCAGAGCACUGGUGCCAGCCAGACCUGGACUCCACUCCAGGUUUGCCCCCUGCACAGCUGUGUGACUGGGUCGGCAAAUGGACCACUGAGCCUCAGUCCCCCUUAUCUGUGAAAUGGGGAUGAUGGUUUCCUCGUAGCACUGCUGUGAGGAUUCAGUAAAACGAGUGAUGCUGAAGACCUAGCUUCACACAUCGCAGGCUGUCAACACAGGCUGAGACCCUUCUCCAAAACCAAGCCUGGCACCUGAGGUUGGAGAGAGGAGAUGCGGGGCCCUUUCAGGCAUUCAUCGGGCAGAGUGAUGGCGGGAGGGAAGAAGGAGCAAGGAGGCACAGGAAGGAUGAUCUGGGAGCCAGGCAUCUCAGAUUUGGACUUUUCACCCUGGUGGGCCCAUGCCAGGAGAGGUAUCAGAGAGAGGAUGGGCGGGGGGCCCCAGGAUGGGCGGAGGGCCCCGGAAGCAGAAGCAGAAGGGCCCUCAUGGACAAUCUCUCUGAUCCUCUGGCCCCUUCGGCAGAUGAGCAUCCGGGAGGGAGCAAACCAUGCCGGUGGCUCACACAGCAGAGCUGGGGGUCUCACUGGCCUGCAGCCCUCUGGGGCUUCAUUAGCUGGGGUUUAUCCAAGGCCACAUGCCUAGCUGGGGAGGCAGAUGUGUUGGAAGACAUGAUGCAAUGGCCCCAUUCCUGGUGGUGACCUCCACUUCUUUGGCCUGGACAAUAGGAGGAACCUCAUCCCCCGCCCCUUCCUGGUCUCUCUCCAGUCUAUUUUCCCAUGAAUCCUGGGAGCUUCCCAAAAUGUAAAUCUGACCUUGUCCUCACCCUGCUUAAAACCUUUCCAUGAUCCCACACUUAAGGUCUCCAGAGAAAAUACAGGAGGCUCAGUUAAAACUGAAUUUCAAGCUGGGUAUGGUGGCACACACCCAUAGUGCUACUCAGCAGGCUGAGGCAGGAAGAUCGCUUGAGGCCAGGAGUUUGAGGCCAGCCUGGGCAACAUAGUGUAACCCUGUCUUUAAAAAAAA